GUUCGAUUCGGUUACGUAUACAAAACCAUAGCUUCGCAUAGAAAAACCAUUAUUUUCAAAAAUUAAUAUUUUUAAUUACAAAAAAAAAUGAAAUAAAACAGAGACCACAAUCCCAUUGUCCCAUGACCAGAAGAAGAAGAAGAAACUAAAUGGCGACGACGACGAGUUGUUCGCUUCUCCUUUCUUCCACUCUCUUCCUUCACUCUCCUCCUUCUUCUCACCUCUCCUUCUUCAAUCUCUCUUCUUCACGAUCCUCUCCAAUUUCUCUUUACCCAAUCCGAUCCAAACGCUAUUUCCGAAUCCUCUCGAAGCUUUCACUAAACGACAACAACAGAGACGACGAUGAUGAUACUCUUCAUUUUACUCCGUUCUCCGCCGUUAAACCUUUCUUCCUCCUCUGUACCUCCGUCGCGUUAUCGUUUUCACUCUUCGCCGCUUCUCCCGCCGUUGAAUCUGCCUCGGCGUUUGUAGUUAGUACUCCGAAGAAACUUCAAACUGAUGAGCUCGCGACGGUUCGUUUGUUUCAAGAGAACACUCCUUCCGUUGUUUACAUCACUAAUCUCGCCGUGAGGCAGGACGCGUUUACAUUGGACGUUCUUGAGGUACCUCAAGGCUCUGGUUCAGGAUUUGUGUGGGAUAAGCAAGGUCAUAUUGUUACCAAUUACCAUGUUAUUCGUGGUGCUUCUGAUCUCAGGGUCACUCUUGCUGAUCAAACAACAUUUGAUGCAAAAGUUGUUGGAUUUGACCAAGAUAAGGAUGUUGCAGUAUUACGUAUUGAUGCACCGAAAAACAAAUUAAGACCUAUACCUGUUGGAGUCUCUGCUGAUCUGCUUGUUGGCCAGAAAGUCUUUGCCAUUGGCAAUCCAUUUGGACUUGAUCAUACUCUCACAACUGGUGUUAUAAGUGGUUUGCGAAGAGAAAUUAGUUCUGCUGCAACUGGUCGUCCAAUUCAAGAUGUGAUACAGACAGAUGCAGCCAUUAACCCUGGUAACAGCGGAGGACCUCUUCUAGAUAGCUCAGGAACGUUAAUUGGUAUAAACACAGCCAUUUAUUCUCCUUCUGGUGCAUCUUCUGGAGUGGGCUUUUCGAUCCCAGUUGAUACAGUUGGUGGUAUCGUUGAUCAGCUGGUGAGAUUUGGUAAAGUCACCAGACCAAUCUUAGGUAUCAAAUUCGCACCGGACCAAUCUGUUGAGCAAUUGGGAGUGAGCGGUGUGCUCGUCUUGGAUGCUCCUCCAAGUGGUCCAGCCGGCAAAGCCGGACUUCAGUCAACAAAACGUGAUGGUUACGGGAGACUAGUACUAGGAGACAUAAUCACGUCGGUGAACGGUACAAAAGUCUCUAACGGGAGUGAUCUGUACCGGAUUCUCGAUCAAUGCAAAGUCGGCGAUGAGGUGACCGUAGAGGUUCUAAGAGGCGAUCACAAGGAGAAAAUCUCUGUAACUCUCGAACCAAAGCCGGACGAGUCUUAGAAACGUCGUUGAAAGAAGUAAAUAUACAUAACGUGUAGAAAAAAAGUCCGGUGGGUUAUAUUUUUGUAUAUCAAUUGUUCGGAAAAUAGAUCGUCCAAUUGUGUACAUAAAAUCUGUUUAUAUUUGCAUACAUGCGAAAGGUAACCGGAAAUAACCAAAAUUGCAAUGUCUUCAAACGGUCUUAUGGUUUGGAUUGGUUUUUAAUUUCGGUUCAGACAUUGGGAGUGACGAGUCUGACACCUAGAAAAAAUCAAAAUGAGAAAAAUGAAAACCGAAUUUCGUCGGCUUAAUGGACAGUUACCUCAUCUUA